UUCUGUCUGCUGGUUGACUUGUUUUUUCUGAGUAAUAUUUAAUGACAAAAUCGAACAGACCUAUUGUGUUGCGUGACUAAAUCAAGCAUUGAGGUAGUUUCAUGUGUCUAGGGAAAAUCAAUCAAUUAUUCUCAUCCUAGUUGCGAAACAAGAACCAGAGGCGCGACGUUUUUUAUGAUAAAAAUGGAUUGGAGAACGGGUCUUCUGAUUUUAACGUGUGUGUUCUAUGCUGAUAGUUUUUCAAAAUAUGGACGCACAUGCAAAGACAUAGGGUGCCUUAACAGUGAGGUGUGCGUUCUGGCGGAAGAUCCCUGUUCUUUCGGCCACACCAGGGACUGCGGCACUUACCCAACAUGCAAAAAGAAGACUGCAGUUGAAGGAUCACACGCUGAACCGCAGCCGUCGGUGCCUAAACCAAUGCCAGCGAGACCCCAGACACCCUCGAGGGACUCCGACUCGGCUCCUAACUACAAUCCGCCGGCCCCGCCCGCCGGCGGUUCGCCUUAUGGCGGCUCGCCUUACGGAGGUUCCUCGCCGUACGGCGGUAGCUCGAAUAACGGAGGAAGCAACUAUCCUGGAGGCUCGCCCUACGGAGGUGGUUCUCCAUACGGAGGCGGAUCUCCAUACGGAAGCAACACAAACGGGGGCAGCAGCAACCCGGGAGGCUCACCUUACGGGGGCGGUUCUCCCUAUGGAGGCGGCUCUCCUUAUGGAAGCAAUUCAAACGGAGGAAGUAGUUAUCCGGGAGGCUCACCUUACGGAGGCACCCACGGUGGUGGCUCACCCUACGGGGGAAACUCACCAUAUGGUGGCUCUAACAACAGAGGAGGUAAUUCACCAUAUGGCGGCUCGAGCUCUGGAGGUUCAGGCUUCGGUUCUGGCGGCAAAGGAACCUUGGACAGCAUAUUCAAUACGCUUAACAAAUACGCUAACGGAGGCGGAGGCUCCAGCGGCGGCGGCAACGGCCAGGGCCUGUCCAACAUCUUCGGCAGCAUUCUCGGCAAUCUCUCUAAAAACGGAGGCAUAAACAACUUGUUCAACACCAGACCGAUUAUGGAAAAUCCUAACUAUGCCUCUCCCUCAAAUUCUAGGAGUUCUAACUCUAACUAUCCGUCAUCAGGAUACCAACCGGCUCAGAACAGGAACUAUGGGGGGACGCACGCCAAACCCAAUGCGGCCUCUACUUUCAAGCCCGCGACCUAUGGCUGGAAUGUCGGCGUGAUACUGGUUUUGACAUACCUGACACAGCUAUACCUCUACAGUAUGACGCGGGGUUGAAAACUAACCUAGUUGUUUAUUGUUAUUGUGCUAAUAUAUAUGUAAUUUACGGAAAUUCAGAAUUUAUGUUACUA